CGCCGCCGUACGAUCGUGUUGCACCACACCCCAUACGUUAGCUGAUGGGCUCUGAGGUUUCUCGCCGCCCCCCUGUGCCUCCUUCAGUCAUUCCCGAUCAGCACCAGGGGUCGAAGAGUGACUUUGGUGGGGAGGUGGACAUCGAAGAGGCCAUCGAUAAGUCUGGUUGCUCGUCCAUCUACUACCUUCUGGAGGACUGCCUCGGAGAGCACGAUCGAGACUGGCGACGGUGCCAAGAGCAGGUUAAGGCUCUCAAGGCGUGCAACGACAAGAACAGGGCACGGGCUGCCGCAGGAAGAACCUGAGCAGGACCGCAGCCAGCAAACCGGCCUCCCCCCUGCCUUGGCCAUCACAUCCCGCCUGUGCCCGGGAAGCGUGCUCGCUGCACACCCACCCUUUUUCGUGUUCCCGAGAUGGGUGCGGCAAGGAGCGCGCCGACGCUGCUGCACUGGUGCCUCUCGCUCCUCCUGCAACUUCUUCUGCAGAUGCAAAUGGGCAUGGUAUGUGGCUUUUUGGUUCCUUCGCAGCCAAGAGGAAUGCCAAGCAUUGAAAAGAGCAACAUUAUCCGGCCGCCCCCCACCGCCGCCACCUCGUACACAACCGUAGCCGCAGCGUCCAGAGCCGGAGCUGGGGCGACGAGCUUCACCAUGGCGAGCGUAGCGGGAACAGCAGUAGGCGAGUCGACUACGUCUCAGACGCGGACAGUACCAUCCGUCGGAGCAGCAGGAGCGAGUCCUGAUCCUUUCGCGAAGCCAUCAGAGUUCCAGGAGUAUGUGGGGCGGCGCAAGUCGGGCUCCCGCAGGGUGGUGCUCGACCUUCGGCCUAGGGCGGACUUUCGUCGGGAGCACCUCGAGGGAUCAACGUCCAUCCCCAUCGACGAGCUGGAGCCCAGGCUCUUGGAGUUGCCCCCUCCCUUCGCACAGCCCGUGAACAUUGUCGGCAGCCAACAGGAGCUUCGUAUGGCGAGGGACUUCCUCACGAACAAAGGCUGGCAGAUCGACGAAGAAAUAGACCUGUCAGUGGCGGCUUGUGUAAACAACCCGGCACAUCCAACUGAAGCCUGGCCCACCGAAACUGGAUCGACGUCCCUCCAGGUAUGGAGGGCAAACGAUUUCCUGGAGUUUUGCAUGGACCGCUUCGUGCUGCCUUCGGCCCAUGACGCCGGCCCUUUCCCCGGCAAAGGCCUGGUCCUAGACUUGGGCUGUGGCAGCGGCCGUGACACUGUCUACAUGGCGCAGCGCCUGCCUCCUGGCACCCGCGUAGUCGGUGUCGACAACCACUCGUACGCUCUGGAAAGGGGCGCGAGGCUGGCCGAACGGUGGCUGGAAGACACGUCUUCGGGAAAAGUUGUUGGUGGCAGUGGUAAUGGUGGCGGCAGCGAAGAAGGCGCGACGCGAUCGCAACGAGAAACCCAGACCGGCUGUUUGGGAGGGGUCAGAAGUCGGGCUGGCGGACGGAGCGAUACCGACGGCAGAGAAGGGACAACGCAGGGACAACCCCCGGAAGUGCGGCAAAGGGCGUGCGAGUGGUCGCUCACCGACCUCAGGAAAGAGGGUUCGCUUGACGCAAUGCGGGCUUCCAUUGUCCACGGGCACCGGUUCAAGUGCGAGCGUCUGUUACCUCUACUUCGAGAUCAUGUGCUGCUCCCAGGGGGCUAUUUCAUCUGGUCUACGUUUUUGGACACGGGAUCGGAGAAUUUAGUGCCGCCAUGGCGACCGAGUCGCAUGAUGAGACCCGGCGAGCUGGCGGACAUCUUCUCUGGCGAUGGGUUUGAGAUCCUGGUGGACGAACAAGGGGAAUUACCCACGCGGGGCUCGACGGUGCCAGCGAAUUUCUUCAUCUGUCGAAAACUACCGACGACAUGCACAAUGAAAUGAUGCUGCUGCUGUCUCAAGUUGGUGUUAUCCGUGGCAUUGCAGAGAGGUGUUGUACAAAUUGUUUAACGUUAUGUACUGAGGUGCUGCAUUCGAACUACAUGCCAGUGUUGCAGACCUCCGUCGUAUGUGAGGCUUUUUUGAUGCAGCGGUUGCAAAGUUAUCGUUUGCUUUUGGGGGCAUUUCGUCUUUUUUUUUUUCCGCUUAGUCCGCUUGCCGCUCGUCCUUUUAUGUCGAGGGUGAGUAGAGUAUGCGCUGGAUGUGUGCGCACAACGCGGUGUAACCGUGUGCGGCAUCGCCCGCGUUUCAGGAUGUGUAUGGAUGGAGAAAAGGAUGAACGCGUGUGAGACCGCUUCUCGUGCAGUUAUUAUCGGAAUUACGCUGCGAGCGCUUCUUCCAUACCGCCCCGCGUAAGUUGGUCAGCCGUGUUAGGUACUGCAUAACCGCUGUAAAGUACUGUAUGGCCAUGGGACCAGCAAUUGGAAGCGUUUUUCCAAGGAGGAUAAUUCGAUAUGGC